GAUGAACAUGAAAGGAUGCUAAUGUUAUAUAGUGAAUUUGUAAGUGAUAAUGUAAUAAUUCCAAAAGAUCGGGCAGUUAAACAGUAUAUAGAAGUUUUAUGGAAACUUGUCAAUGAACUUACUUGUGUAUUCGAUUUUACAGACCCAAGACAACAUAAUCUCUUCAAACACAUACAAGAAAUGAACCAUGAUAGUUAUACACAAAUAUUCACUUUCUAUGAAAUUGGGCUUAAUCGAUUAAAUAAAUUUCUACAAGAAGAA